CAGGGAAUGAAUUCUGAUGACCCGGCUGUACAACAGAAAGCUGUCCUCGAGACAGAAAGGAGACUGCUGCUUACAGAGAAGGACCAAGAUGAGGACAGCUGCAGGACCGCCUUGGACAAGACCCUGAUCAAUCCUCCAAAGGCAGUUCCCUUUUUCUGUUUGGAGUCACAUAAGUAGAUACAGUGAGAAGGUCUGUGUUGGGGCAAAAGAAGGAGUAGUUUAAUCUCACACUAUCUGCUGAGACUGAAAUAGUCACUCCUUUCUUGGAUGCACUAGCUUUAUUUUCCACAAGGAGGUAUAAACUCUGAUUUUUUAUUUGGGGUGAUGUCUUUCUGAGUCAUCUUUAAACAACCCUUUGGGUUUGUUUCAAUGAAGAUUUGCCUCCCCCCCCCCCCCCGAAUUUGUGUGCCGGGGAGGUAAUAUAUUUCAGUAACUUAUAGUCCCAGUUCGUAACAACCACAGCUGGGGUCCCUUGGUCUGACCAGCCUUGUCUCUGCAGACUCAGCCCCCCAACAGAUCUGAUUGAAACCAGACUUCCUGAAUUUGGGGCACUUCGUUAUUGAGUACAGAUGAAAUAAACUCAGAGGCCUUCUUGGCAUCUCUGGAGAAGGAUGCAAAGGAACGAGCCAAGAGAAGAAGGGAAAACAAAGUCUUAGCAGAUGCCCUAAAGGAAAAGGGUAAUGAAGCAUUUGCCAAAGGCGAUUAUGAAACGGCUGUCCUGCGCUACAGUGAGGGUUUGGAGAAGCUGAAGGACAUGAAAGUGCUGUACACCAACCGAGCCCAGGCAUAUAUAAAACUUGGGGACUACCAGAAGGCACUAGUGGAUUGUGACUGGGCUCUGAAGUGUGAUGAAAAAUGCACAAAAGCAUAUUUCCACAUGGGGAAAGCCCACCAGGCCCUGAAGAGCUACAGUGCGUCUAGAGAGUGUUACCAGAAAAUCUUAGAAAUAAACCCCGAACUACAGACACAGGUGAAAGAUUGCCUGAAUCAAGUAGAUCUCCAGGAGAAAGCAGAACUGCAAGAGAAGAAAGCUCAUGAAUCACUGAAUUCCGGAAAGAACACAGCUGUGUCGACCAAGAAUCUCCUGGAGACCCUCUCCAAGCCUGAUCAGAUCCCCUUGUUCUACGCAGGCGGGAUCGAGAUCCUGACCGAAAUGAUGAUGGAUUGCACAGAACGAACUUUAUUCAGAACACACAAUGGAUUCAGUAUCAUCGGUGACAAUGAGGUCAUAAGAAGGUGCUUUUCCACAGGGGGGAAAGAUGCUGUUGAAGAGACAGUAUGUGUGUCUGUCCUCAGGCUCUGGCAAGCGGUGUGCAAUGGGAAUGAGGAAAACCAGCGCCUGCUGGUGGUGCGCCCUGACAUGGGCAGGCUGCUGCCCUCCCUCGUGGCCUCCAGCAUGGCCACCAUCCGGCAGCACGGCCUGGCCUUGCUGCUGCAGCUGGCCCAGACCCAGCACGGACGGAGUCUGAUCAUCAGCCACCUCGACCUGACCCGAUUGCUGGAGGCCCUGGUGUCAUUUCUUGAUUUCUCUGAUAAGAGUGCCAACACCGCCAUGGGACUGCUCACAGACUUGGCUCUGGAAGAAAGAUUCCAAAUCUGGUUCCGGGCCAACCUUCCAGAUGUUCUCCCUGAACUCACAGGUGUUCUGAAGAGAGAUCCCAAGGUAACCAGUCCCUUGGCUCUCUGCCAGUGUAUCGCCAUCAUGGGAAACUUCAGUGCUGAUGCCACCACCCGAAGACAGAUGUCUGACUGUGAGGAAUUUGGGGAUGCCUGCCUGGGCCUCUUGGCCAGGUGUGAGGAGGAUGUGGACCUGUUCAGAGAGGUCAUAUAUACUCUCCUGGGUCUCAUGAUGAACUUGUGUCUUCAAUCCCCCCUUGUCUCUGAGGUCUGGGCCAUGGAGGUGAGCAGGAGGUGCAUGUCUCUAUUGAACAGCCAGGAUGGAGGCCUCCUGACAAGAGCUGCUGGCGUCCUGAGCCGGACCCUGCCUUCCUCUCUGAAGAUCAUGGAGGAGGCCGUGAGGGGAGGAGUGGUGAAGAAAAUGAUUAAAUUCCUGAAGACUGGAGGCCAGACCGCAUCACAUUAUGCCAUAAAGACACUGGCCGUCUGCACUAAUAGUGUUCACCAAGUGCGGGAAGAAGUAAUCAGCCUGGAUAAAAAGUUUAGUGUUUUGAUGAAGCUGCUCAGCUCAGAGGAUGAGAUUCUGGUGGGAAACGCUGCCCUCUGCCUUGGUAACUGCAUGGAAGUACCGAAUGUCGCGUCUUCCCUGCUGAAAACAGACAUCGUGAAGGUCCUGUUAAAGCACGCGGGUGGUGAUGCCCAGAAGACAGCUGUGCAGCUGAAUGCAGGGAUCGCUCUGGGGAAACUGUGCACGGCAGAGCCAAGGUUUGCUCUGCAACUGAGAGAGCUUCAUGGGAUGGAAAUUCUCAACUCGACAAUGAAGUACAUCAAAGAUUCUUGAGGGAUGCGGUAUCUUGUUUGCAUUUUUGCAAUAAACAACAGUAUGCUAUGGGUUGUUCUUGUGCCAAUAAACACCCUUUAAGUAUCCACUCCAAAACUGAA